AUGCAUUCAUUCACUACCCUCACGCUCGCUACAGCAUGCUUCACCGCGCUGACGGGCGCCGUGCCUAUGGCGCGCAACAAACACCACCGUUUCCAUGGGAAGCAUGGAGGUCCUCCUGCUGGUCUGGAGAUGCCGACGACUUACAACCUUAGCCCUAUUGGGCAGUGUGGUGGCGAUACUGGGUACGGUUGCGGACCUGGCUUCUGCUGCUCGCAAUAUGGGUACUGCGGUACUACUGAGGAGUACUGCGGGAACGGAGGCAGCGAAAACUCUACUGCUCCCGCCGCGCCUCCGGCUGGUCCCCCGAGCUACCCUUCUCCAUCUGGUGGAUGGGGUGCAUCCAGCGCUGCACCUGCAUCAUCAAGCGAAGCACCAGCUCCAUCCGGCUACUCAGCGCCAUCCAGCGCACCGGCCGCGCCAUCUUCUGCCGCCCCAGCACCUUCAACCUACGCACCGGUCCCACCAGCAAGCUCCCCCGCUGAAUCAGCUCCGGCCUCCAGCGCAGCACCCGCCCCAUCAACCUACGCCGCUCCCUCUCCUUCCGCUUCCUCUUCACCCCCAAGCAACGGCGGCGGCUUCAGCGGCUACAAAAUGUACACGGGCAACGGCUCGCCCUCCGCCGGCUGGCCGUCCGAAGACUCCUGGAUGGACUUUGAAUCCGCCUGGUCCGCCAGCCUUCCCAACAUGCAAGCCUCUUGCGCCCAAUGGAACGUCCCUAACAACACGCCGCAAGAAAUCUCCGAGAUUAAGAGCGCCAUCCUUAGCGCUGCGAAGCAGUACGGCGUCGACGAGCGCUUCGUCCUGGCAGUCAUGAUGCAAGAGAGCAACGGGUGCGUGCGCGUGCACACGACCAACAACGGGGUCGUGAACCCGGGAUUGUUCCAGUCGCAUGACGGCAGCGGGUCGUGCAACAACGGGCAGGUGAUGAAUCCGUGCCCGCAGAGUCAGAUUCAGCAGAUGGUCAACGAUGGUGUUGGAGGGACGCCGGCGGGCGAUGGGUUGAAACAGACUAUGGCGCAGACCGGCAACACUGGCUGCCAGGCUUACUUUGGCGCGGCGGUGAUUUACAACAGUGGCAACUUGCCAGAGAACCUUGACGACAACACGGCGACGCCGUGCUAUGCUUCGGAUGUUGCGAAUCGCCUGAUGGGGUGGACGUCGGGUGCUUCGGAAUGCACGCUGUAA